AUGGCCUAUCGCACCGAGAACGGAAGAACAUACCACGCUUUCAGAGAAUCCAUCUUAGCAAGAACGUUUAGGUCAUCGGUAUCGAUCGAUCUCAGUCGCAUUCAACCAAACUUCAUCCCCACAAAUCUUCAAUUCCAAGUCGACGACCUCGAAGACGAAUGGACAUUCUCCUAUCCCUUCGACUUCAUCUUCGCCCGCGUGAUGACCGGCUCAAUCGGCGACUUUCCCAAAUUCUUCACCCAAUCCUUCAACGCUCUGAGUCCCGGCGGUUGGGUUGAAUGCCAAGAUAUAACAUUCCCCGCACAAUGCGACGACGGCACCCUCAAAAAGGAUUCUUAUAUCGAUCAAUAG